AUGUGGAGGCGAACAUACUUGCUCCUCUUAUUGAUCCGGGCCUACUUCGCGCUGAGCCCCAGCUACAUCCACCCCGACGAGCAUUUUCAGGGCCUCGAGGUCUUCGCAGGCCGAAUCCUCUCCUAUCCGUCGCGGCUACCGUGGGAGUUUACCUCCGAGCGCCCGAUCCGCAGCGUCUUUCCGCUGUACCCGAUUUAUGGCGUCCCGAUAAGCCUCCUGAAAUGGUUCUAUACCGAGACUGGGACGGAAAGCCCACCGGCGGAGCUAGUAUACUAUGUUGUUCGGGGGGUCAUGUUCUUGCUGAGCUUCGUGCUGGAAGACUGGGCCGUGCACGAUCUGGUGCCUCUCCCGCGCCAUCGCCGAGUAGCUCUGGUGUUGGUGGCAUCCUCAUAUGUCACCUGGACUCAUCAGACGCACACAUUCUCAAACUCGCUCGAGACGCUGUUGGUUGCUUGGGGUCUAGUCUUGAUCAACCGUAUUAUUGAUAACAAGCGGCGCUCCUCUCUCUUCUCUUGCGCUAUUCUAUCCUUUAUCUGCGUAGCAGGUAUCUUUAACAGGAUCACAUUUCCAGCCUUCCUGGUCUUGUCUUUAGGUCUGGUUGUUUACAAUUUCCCGCGCAGGCCAUUAUCGUUCUUUUCCCUUGUUGGAUUCGGUCUCGUCUUCUUCUGCAUUGCUGUCUUCGCCGACACGACAUUCUACAAACCAUCGGCAUCGUUCGCGGAUGUCUUGCGCUCGCCGGUAAUCACACCACUUAAUAAUCUCCUCUACAACACCGACAAUUCCAACCUGGCUCUCCAUGGACUUCAUCCUCAUUAUAACCACUUCCUAGUCAACCUUCCUCAACUUCUUGGCCCUGCGCUUGUGGCCAUGGUUUUGCAAGCGUACAACAGAGGCUUCAUAGCCUCUUGGUUUAAGAACCUCCGCGCAGCUUCUGCUCUAUCGGCAACCGCAAUGCUGUCAAUCUUUCCUCACCAGGAACCUCGGUUCUUGAUACCUUGUGUGCCUCUGCUCCUCAGCUGCCUUCAAGUCCGCAAAUCGCGCAUAUUUUUAGGAGCUUGGGUCAUAUUUAACGCAACCUUGGGUUUCUUGAUGGGUGUAUACCAUCAGGGCGGCGUCGUGUCCACACAGCUAGCAGUUCCGUCCGUCAUAUCAACUACCACGUCUCUGUGGCACGAAUCGUUGAAGGGCACACAGUCUCUAUUCGCUACUGUAGUAUGGUGGAAGACGUAUUCUCCGCCACUGUGGCUACUAGGCGACAACUCUACCCUAAAUCUGAACAUCGACACCCGUGACUUGAUGGGCAAGCCCGGGUCAGAAAUGGUCAAAGAGCUUGAGCGCUUAGUCCCCACCUGCGGCUCAAAGCAGAAGAGCACCGAGUUAACGUCGAGCUUGGAACAGCCCGAUGCUGUCUUCGUAGUCGCUCCCAAAUCAGUGACCUUUCUUGACCAGUUCCUGGCUCCGCAGUCUCCUGAUUCAAGUCUGGAACUGCUUGAGCUAUGGAGUUACAAGAAGCAUAUAAGUCUAGAUGACUUGGACUUUGGCUCCGAUGGCGUUUUGCCCACCAUGAAGCGCGUGAUUGGCAGACGUGGAUUGGGAGUCUGGCUUGCGCAACGACCCGGGUGCCGCGCCAUUGACAGCUAA